CAAUCGUCGCGUGAUGGCGCAUGGAGUGCGCGCGGACGGCGUGGUGCGCGACGCUGGCGCUGGCGGUGCUGGCGGCGGCGGGCCCGCGCUACAGCUCGCGCAUCGUGCACACACACGCCGGAGCGAUCCGCGGCAUCAUAGUGGAGCCGGCGUCGCGGCGCCUGGAGCCGGUGGAGGUGUUCCGCGGCGUGCCGUACGGCGCGCGGCCGCCGCGCCUGGGCGCGCCGCCGCCGGCGCCGGCGUGGCCCGGCACGCGGCUGGCCGACACCUUCGCGCCCGUGUGUCCGCAGCGCUACCCCGACAUAUCCAACAAGAGUGCAGCGCUGUCCAAGAUGCCGCUGGGACUGUACAACGAGCUGAAAGCCACGAUACCGCUCCUCGCCAACCAGAGCGAAGACUGCCUCUACCUCAAUAUCUUCGUACCCGGUAGCGGUGCGCGCGGCGUAGAAGCGCCGUAUGCCGUGGCCGUGUGGGUGGCCGCUGCCCACGAGUGGGGUUCUGGGAACGCGCUGGACGGAGCAGUUCUGGCGGCGCGUGCGCACCUGCUCGUCGUCACGCUCAACUAUAGGAUAGGAUUAUUAGGUUAUUUAACGACAGGAGCAUCAGACGAGGUGACUAUGUCUGGUGGAGCGGCGACGCUGGAUGUCUCCGCCGCGCUGUGGUGGGUGCGACGGAACAUAGCUGCGUUCGGCGGCGACCCGCGCAGGCUGACGCUCGUGGGUCACGCUGCUGGUGCUGCGCUGGCCAAUGUCAUGCUGAUGCUGCCUUUGAGCAAAGGCUUAAUAUCUCGAGUGCUGCUGCUCAGUGGGUCAGCGCUAGGGCCCGCCUCGCUGGCGCCGGACGCGGCGUUGGCGCGGGAACACACGGCGCAGGCGCUGCGGUGUACCAAGGAUACUACCACUGAGGACCACUGGUUAGCAGCCUGCAUCCGUGCCCGACCCCUAGCGGCAUUAUUAGCAGUGGAGCCCCCUCGGGCGCGCUUCCUGGCGGGCUGGGCGCCCUCCGUCCCUCACGGCCGGGACUCCCAGAGCCAGCCGCCCACCAGAGCUCUACAUGCCAGUGAAAUCUUCCUGGAGAUCGCGCUCGCUGUGGUUGUUACUACUACAGAGAGCUACCAGUUUUUUAGUGAAGAAGAUGUUAGGCACGGAUUUGAGGAAGAGCAUAGAAGUCGCAUUCUGCGGACGUACGUGCGCAACGUGUACCGUUACCAUCGCAACGAGAUCUUCGCAGCGGUGCGCAACGAGUACACGGACUGGGAGAAGCCCAUACAGCAUCCCAUCAACAUCCGCGACGCGACGCUGGAGGCGCUGAGCGACGCGGCCGGCGCGGCGCCCGCGCUGCGCCUGGCGCAGAUACACGCGCGGCGCGGCGCGCGGACGUACUUCGCACACUUCGCCCAUCAGACCAAGGAAGCAGACUAUCCACAGCGGUUGGGUAGCGUCACCAGUGAAACUCUGUCGUACUUCCUCGGUCUCCCGCUGGUGGGCGGCGCGCCGUCCUCGCCGCGCAACUACUCGCGCAACGACGUGGCGGUGGCGGAAGCGACUGUCGCGCUGCUCGCCGCGUUCGCGAAGACCGGCGACCCCUCGCCGAAGGGGGAUGAGAAGCACGAGGGGGUCACGUGGCCGCAGUAUGAUCUCAAUACGCAGCAAUAUUUGAGCAUAGGGUCCAAGCUCCGCCUGAAGAGCCACUACCGAGGCCACAAGCUGUCUCUGUGGCUGCAGCUGGUGCCGCAGCUGCACCGGCCUGGCGCCUCGCCGCAACACCACCGCCUCCGCGCGCCCAGACCAGACAUGUUCGCAGGUGAAAUUUUCCCUGAGCUGUAUACAACGCCGUCGCUAGAAGAAGAAGAUGAAAGCACAGAAGAUCAGGAGCCAGAAGUAGAAGAGUGCGAGCCCUCUCCUUCUGCACGCCCCGCCCUGUCAGCCCUCCCCGCGCCGCAACCCUCACCUAAAGAGGACUCUCUUACGACUAUGGAUACACAGUAUUAUAGUUAUACUGUGGCGCUGGGGGUAACGGUAGGAGCCGGGUGUUUUCUGCUGGCGCUAAACCUGCUGGUGUUUGCGGGCAUCUACCUGCAGCGAGGGAAGCGACGGACACAUCGCCGCCCUAGACGAGAAGGCAGCUGCAGCAGCCGCGCGGGCGCCGCGUCUCUCAACAGCGACCCCGCCCCACUUACCUCGCCUAGAAAGAGCACUCUAAAGCGCAGCAGCGAGGCAGAACUAAAAGAGAGACCCAGCUCGGCGCCGCCAAAAAAGCGAGUGCAGAUACAAGAGAUCUCAGUGUAGACGACUUCUGAACUCUUUCCAACUGCAUCUGCGAACUAGUGAGUCUGUGAACUAAAUUCAUGUGAACUAGUGAGCUAGUAAAGUGAUCCACUUAUCUACAUUUGUGUGAACUAGUGAUGGUAUUUUUCCGUCGGGAACAGUGAACGAGCAGUGUUCGCUGCAGUGACUACAUCACUAGCAUGGUGCACGUAUUAGUGACUAUAUACAUACAUUAUGACUGUCUCUUUCAGGGUGGUUACUGUAAGAAAAUGUUUCAAUUUCAAAUGUAUUGGAAAAGUUAUCUGAGAUUUCUGACAUUUCUAGUUUUCAAAAUUCUUAGUUCUCAUUAAUGGUCAGUGGUGAUCCUCUUAUGUAACUAAACCUUAAUCUAAACUUGAAUCGAUUGUUGUUCGAUUUUUGCAUUUUUUAACACCAUUUUAUCAUUAUUUUGUCUCACAAAAUCAAUUACUUAAUUCUUCGCAACAGAUUAUUUUAGUACUGGACCAUAAAAAGUGAGAAAUGAUCUUAAGAUCUAGAUAUCUCAGAGCUACACAUUUCUAGACUGCUUCCACGUAAACUAUUGGAACUAGUGAAGUGAAAUGUGCAUGUCAGGGAAUGUAUCCAUCGAUAAUUCGCGGGUGGACGAGCAUUGGAGCCCCGUCCGCUCCACUGGCUACUCUUGCAUCACUAGCCUGGUGCAUGCAUGACGCUACACGUUUCUUGACUGUGUUAGGACCUCCACAGACUAUACACUGAACGAUUAAGUUGGGGACAUACUUUUGAAACGCGACGUUCUUUGGAAGCGAUUGUGGUAUUUCUAGGAGGUUAUAAUAUUAAAAGGUUUUUUUAUACACAGAAAUGCAUGACGCAUACCCCUCCGUCAGGGAAACGCAGGGGUUAUGCUAAAACCUGUGUUCGUCCCUCGACAGACUGUUUGCGCGGGUAUCACAUUAUAUAGAAGUUGUGAAUAAUCUUUAAUUAUUGUUAUUGGCUGAAUCUGAAAUUUUAUAAAAAAGGAAAAGGUAACUGAUUGACUCAUUAUGCACAACACAAACUACUUGACUAAUUGGGCUAAAAUUUGGCAUGCAGAUAGCUAUUAUGACGUAGAGAUGCACAAGGAAGGAUUCAAAAAAUUUAACAAAAGAGAACUGAAAUUGUAGUCCGCGUGGAUAGUUAACUAUACUAAUACUGCAACAGAGUAUUUUGGUCAGUAGUGAAAGAGUGUCAGCCAAUCUCAAUAAUUGAAAUCAUCACGUUUUCAACUGUCGGACUCCAUAGCAGCAAUGCUGGGUCCAUUUUGCUGUAUUUUACCAGCAUUUUCAGUCGUCAUAAUGCAAGUUUUCACCCGAUUACCUCCAGUCGGUGUCAUGUAUGUAAAUGAAUGUAUGUAGUUGGAACGUUUCCAUCUUUCGGUGCGGUUUCUGGAACAUUUAUUAUAUUGUCAGAGCUGUAUGAGCAUUGUUGCAAUGAUAAAUUAUUGUGUGGUUCCGUUUUCGAGUCCGUUAACUUUUCUUUUGUCCUCUGUGAAUUUCAAUCGGAAGUCAACUUUUUUACCUUUUUAGGAACUUUCAGUUAUCUUUGUUACUGUUCGUUUCUUCUGAAUGUUUGACUCCGAAUAUUUGAAUAGCAAGAAAUGAUUUUUAGAAGAAUAAAGCCAAAAUUCACAAAAUACUUUUUUUAUUUAAAAUUACGACCACACUUAUAUUAUGAUAGUUGGAUUCAAAAAUUUAAAGUUAUCCAAAAAUGUCAUGAAAGUUUUUUACUCUUGAUUGAUGAAUUUGAGUUUCCAGGACUUUAUGUGAAAUCAUAAAUUUCUAAAACAAAAAAAAAUAGUUUUUUAUUAGUGCCAUUAUAUUAUAGCUAAAUUUAAUAAUUGUAUAAUUAUGUUUAGUUAGUAAAAAAUGAAACUUGAAUAUGAAAUACUAUUAUGUUAUUACAAAUUAGUUAAAUUCUACCCUGUUGCAAUCUUCCUUAUAUGUUAUGUAUCUCUGUUAAUGUUAUCUCAAUUCUAUCAAUAGUUAUGUAAUCCUCGUUUCAAGACUUGUAUUAUAAUAAUUAUAUCGGUAGUUAAUGUAAUGGUAAAAUAUUUAUAAAGUGCAUUUUACAUUUACCUCAUACUUAAGAAGUGUUAGAUCUUUUGUAUAAAGUGAACUGUUACGGUUAGUUCUUAUAAAGUGUAUAGAUCUGUCAAUAUAUAUAUACAAUACAAACGAUAUAUAAGAUUUAAAAUGGUAACAUUGUCUAAUUUAAUAGCUUAGAAUUACGUGGUAUAUUUAUAAUUGUAUAAUGGUAAUGACUGAUUUGAAUAAUUAUUAUUGGAUAUUUUUUGAUAUCAGUGCCAUUCAUUGCUUCACUGUCACUGUAUAGUAUAAAGCCUGAGUUACUCCUAAGCUAUAAUAAUGAAUAAUCGGUCGCGUUGUCCUGAUCAGUAUGCACCCCUAGCUACUAAAUAGAUUAUUAUAUUAGUUAGUUCUACAGUUUUACCUUAACGUUUUACUUAUAAAUACAUCUUGAAGAAGGUUUUUAUUAAAAUUUAAAAACAAAGUGGUAUCGCGGCUGCAAUAUUAGAAUUAGUAAAAUUUUAUAAAUAGGAAUUUAUACAGGCUUUUCGUACACUGCAAAUUAUUGUGAAAAUAAUUUAUUAGGCACAACACAAUAAUAACGCUUCGGAACCAAUACAUUUGAACUUUGAAUUUGAAAUGAUUUAAACCUUUCGAGAGCAAUAGGCUUAGUUUCAGAAUAUUCUCAGAGCACAACAGCUCUACUCGAUAAUUUCAGUUCAAACAAUACAGAGUAUACAGUGCAGUAUUAAUUAGAAACGUUUGCUUUGGAGGAAAUUUGAUUUUGUAUUUCCCAUCAACUAAAGCUCGGGAUACAUUAUGGCAGAGGUGACAAGACGCAAAGCGACAUGUCUUUUCUAAUAUUUCAAAUUAAAUUCAACUUCAUGUUUAUCACUUUUUGACAUUGCAUUGAAGUUUAUUUUCCAACAUGGUGAAGUUUAAAUUAAGUUCAUUUUUACAUUUAUUUAUUUAUUUUAAGUACUAGAAAAUGAGUAAGCAGAUAAUCUGAUUAAGUGUAUAUUAUCACCACCUACUAAUAUCAACAAAACUAGAACUUUGUACUUUUGAGUGGAAAUAUUGUAUACACUAUAACAUUUUAAAAAGAAGAAUCGUGUUUGUUUCAUUCUGCCACAAUAUGUCCGGAGCCUAACCAACAUGUACCUAAGUCGUGCCACGUAAGUUUAAGCUAUACCCUGAUUCUCUAUGAUAUUGAAAUUGUAACAAUUUAACACCUCGAUAUGAUUUAAAUGUUAUAGCGAAUAAGGACUGUAUAUUACUAUGGUCACCUUCUCUGUAAAUACAAGAUAUUAGUAUUACGAACUGUACAUAUUAGUUCUCGUCGUGAAUAUCUGUGACUGUAAAGAUUUUCUCAUGGACGAAAAGAAAGGUUUUAAUAAAAGCCAUUUUCCUGUA